GCGUCGUUAACCGUUUAGACAAAUAUCAAUAUUAUUAUACCUAUCGCCUCAAAAGCAGGGUAAAGUUUUGCCUGAUUAACAAAAUUAAAUUCGAGCAUAUUUUAAUGGAUGCGAUCUUACAGUUCGAACGUAAGGAAGAUGACGAUUUUUAUUUUAUUCUUGGUUGUGACGAAUUAUCAUCGACAGAACAGAUUUUAGCAGAAUACAGAUACAGAGCUGUCGGUCUUCAUCCAGAUAAAAAUCCCGAUUCAACUGCAGUUCAACAGUUUCAGAAGCUGCAGAGAGCCAAGGAUAUAUUGAUGGAUCCAGAAAUGAGAAAAUUGUACGACAAAUGGCGUAGAGGCUGUAUAGCCAUGCCAUUUGAACAAUGGAUGAAUUUAGGGAAAAGUGCACACUCUUCUAUGCACUGGGUCACAAAGAAACGAAAGGAACCCAUGUUGAUUGGAGGAGGUAGCUCGAAUAGACCAGACGAUUCACCAAGUACUCUGUCAAGACCAGCGGAGGAACAUUCAGUAUGGAAGAGUGAACCGCCAGGUGAUGUGUUACGUAAAUUUAGAAAUUACGAGAUAUGAAAAUCAACGUCUUUUUGUAUUACUAUUAAUGCUUAGUGACACUGUACACUUAUAGCUUAAUGCUUUGGUACAGGAUUUUUUUUUCAACUUUAUUGUAUAAUUAAAAUGUAUAAAUAUUGUCAUUAUCUUGGUGAAAGAAGAACAGCCCCUGUGAGAGUCCCAUUUCCUAACUGCAGCCACAACUGUUAGGGCCUUCUAUUUUUAUGAAAUAUAUUUCUUAACAGUUUUGUUUUACAAUAUAUAAUUUUUGUCUUUCAAUAUAUAUUUUAAAAUAUAAAUAAUAACGUUUUUCAAGAAAUAAGUAUCAAAAGAGAAUAUAUGGUGUCAAAUAUUUUUACAGUUUAGGGUAAAAAAUUGAGCCUCUUGUGUAAAUCAGGGCCUGUUAAAACUUUAUAUUACUCAACUAAUUUUAGACAAAAAUAUGUAUUCCAGUACUAGUAAGCUGAACUGACAUUUUCUAACCGAUGAGAUUUACUUAUUCUAAAAAUUAUACAAAUUACUGUGUUGUUUAUUAUAUGGUAAACAUUAACAAACUUAAAAACUAGGAAUUGUAAAAGAACAUUACCCUAAAGUAUUUUAACCAGAUCUUUGAUUUUAAGAAGUUUUUUUUUUUACACCUCUUUCCGUUUCUUCAUAAAUAGUGCUUAUAAACCACAGAAUAAAUGACAUAGUUUCAGAUCAAAAAUCUGUUAAUAAUAUGUAUGUUGGGGGUCUGAAAUUUGUGUGUUUUAGUUGACCCCAACCACCUAGGAAACCCAUGGACCAACUAGAAUAACAAAAAAAAAAAAA